CAAGUUUUUUUUAACGUACAAUACGCAGAACCGUAAAAACUCGAGUUCUUCGGUCGCUUUCAAUAAAGAAGGCAAUGGGGAACGAGGCCAGCCUCGAAGGCGGGGAAGGAGUCUCUGUGCUCGGGGUGGCAGGAGCUCCAGGAUCCGUUUCAGUAUCAACGGGCACUGUACAGCAUAUCAAGCCCGUGAAUGGCGCUGCGGCCGGUGGUGGAGCUGCUGUGGGAACUGGUACGGCAAUGAACAGGCUGGCUGGAGCACCUGCAUCUCCGAAAACAGGCUAUGGCUCUAGUGGCAGUGUAGGGGUGGGUGGUGGCUUGGGCAUGGGUGGCAUAGGAGGAAUGCCUGGACGAGGAGACACCUACAGACUGGCAACCCAUGAGAGCCCAAGACCAUCUCCAACCCUUCAAUCUCAGAAUCAGGCAGCAUCCCAGGGCAUGGGGACAGACCAAGUUCCUGGACAGCAUGCCUCCAGGAGGAACCUCCAAGUGGACUUCAGCAGUGGUGGAAGUGUAGGGCGAUCAGGUCGAUCUCCAUCAGUGUCUCCUGACCGGGGCAGCGCUCCCAGCUCACCUUACUCAGUACCCCAGAUAGCACCCAUGCCCAGCAGUAAACUUUGCCCAAUCUGCAACACCACAGAGCUGACCAGUGCUGACAGAGCGCCCAAUUUCAACAAGUGCACCCAGUGUCACACUACUGUGUGCAACCAGUGUGGCUUCAAUCCCAACCCACACCUCACAGAGGUCCAGGAGUGGUUGUGUCUGAACUGUCAGAUGCAGAGAGCCCUGGGAAUGGAUAUGACCACACCUUGCUCUAAGAGUCAGCAGCAGAUUCACGCUUCCUCCCAACAAACUAAAGCAGACCCUGUGAUACCUCCUCAUUCCCUGCCUUCAGCUCAGCCAAAAUUGCAGACUCAACCCCAAACCCUACUCCAUUCCAAAAUCCAACCACAGGUUCAAAGCCAGACCUCACUUGGACCUCAGAAAGAAAGUGAAACUACUGGCCCUUACCAGAAAGGACCUCAAAAAAAUGUUCUUUCAGCCCAAACUGGACCUCCUCAAAUUGCACAUCAAGGAGCCCAAUCAGGUUCCCAGGAUCAGAGUGUCGAGUUUAGGCAGAGAGGCCCAGGUGGAGCACCCCAAACUAGCCCACGGAUCCCUCACCCUGGUGCUGUGCCAUUACCAGGCUUGGCAAAAGCACCGUCACAGCCAGACCUUGGCCGUGCAUCACCGGUUCACCAUGCUGGACAAUCAGAGCAUAUCCGCAGUGCUGGAAAUUCCCCAGCUCGCCGUCCAGCCUCAGUACACGAGACCCCUCCUCAGGAUGGCUUGACAAAGCUAUUUGGUUUUGGGGCAUCAUUGCUGAACCAGGCAAGCACACUAAUCUCAGUCGAUCCACUCCCUGGAGGAGGAGCUUCAGCACAACCCUCUCCUGCCCGACAACAGGGCACCCAGGGUACUAAGGUGAUCUUCAGUGAUGGUAAUGCUAAAGCUAUGACUGGAGCUCCUGGCUCAGACAAACAAGGAACAGGAGGAACCAUGCUUCCCCAGGGUCCAUAUGUCCCUCCACAAAAACAGCCUCAACAACAGCAGCAGUCAAUGGCAUCACAUCAUCAAAAGGCAUCACAGUUGCCAGCUCACCAUCAAAAGGCAGCACAGCAGCAGUCACCGGCACAUCGUCAAAUGCUGCCGACACAGCGGCAGCCACUGGCACAUCAUCAAAAAUCUCCACAGCAGCAGCAAUCACCAUUGAAUCAGGUGCAGAAGACCAAAGUCAGCUGCCCCUUAUGUAAGACUGAACUUAAUAUAGGAUCCGGUGAGCCACCCAAUUACAAUUCCUGCACACAAUGUCACGCGCAGGUCUGCAAUAUGUGCGGCUUCAAUCCGACACCUCACCUUGUGGAGAAAAAAGAAUGGCUCUGUCUUAACUGUCAGACCCAGAGACUAAUGUCUGGUGGACUUGAUGACUCCCCUCUUCAUGUUCCUUAUCCAUCUCCAAAACACCAACAAGUGGGCUCACCCCGGCACCAAGACCUGGCAAGUCAGCAACCUGCUCCACAGGCAACAUCUCAGAAAGUAUCCACUAAUCAGCAUGAAGGGCCCAAUGCAAUGCCGCGACAGCAGAAAACUCCAGCUGAUGGAGCUGCUCCUGAUGCUUCAACUGUAGUCAAAUUAGCAGGAGAUACAAAACCCCUCUCACAGUCCUCUUCAACUCCUACCACAACUAAAUCUGUCAGUGAAUCACAGAUAAAGGACAAGUCUAUGCCAAAAUUGAUCAAUGAGCCUGAUGUCUGUUCUGCUGUCACUGAGAAAUCUAAACCUACUUAUAAGAAAGGAACAACAGAUCCCACUGUGACCACCACAACUAAGGAUGAGAAAAGGGACUCUCAGAGAUCCAGAUACUAUGAGGAGACAAGCAAAACAAACAGCACUCAUGACCUAUCACGGAGCCCACAGAGCCUGAGUGAUACAGGCUACUCCUCAGAUGGGAUAUCAAGCUCACACAGUGAAAUUACUGGCCUUAUCCAUGAAGAAGAAAUGAAGUUAAGUGAGAAGAGUAUGUGUGGGAAUCUUACGCCACCAAGCCCCUCUGAGAUAACUAAACUGGAGAGCUCCAUGCGACCUCUACUAGAGUCAAAGGUAUUCUCUGAAGGACAGAAAACUUGGGACAAACAGCGUGGUAGAGAACGGCACCACAGAGACACUGAUGACAGAAAGCACAGAUCCCAAUCACUAUCAGUUAGUCCAGAGCAAUAUGACUCAGAUGAAGAUCUAGAGGAUAUCAUGGAAGAGGAGGAGGACCCAACUGACUGGGAGGCCAAACGAGAGCUCAGAACAGUAGCUGCUGCUGGAGAGGCAAAGAAAAAGAAAAAGCCUGAGCUGGCUGAUAUAACUGAUGAAGAGUUUAUGCGAAGGCAGAUCAUGGAGAUGAGCGCAGAUGAAGAAAAUGAGGACGAAGAGGAUGAAGAAGAGUUGGAAGAGGAAGAAGAAGAUGAGGAAGAGGAAGAUGAUGAUGGAUAUGGUUACCAAAAGCUCAAAAAAAUACAAAAGCACAUAAGUGACUCAGGGAAAGAAAAGCGCCGUCUCACUCACCAUUCAAGCAGCUUUGAAGAGGAGAGCAAAACUACCUGUGAAAUCUACAAGGGAUCAGCUGAGGAAGGAGAGGAGGACCUAAUUGGCUCACAAGGUGGCCUACGGAGAUUCAAGACCAUAGAACUGAACAACACCAACAGUUACAGCCGAGACAUGGAAUUAAACAAUGAAAAUGACUUGAGCCUGGACAGAGAGCCUGAACUUGAAAUGGAAAGCCUUACAGGUUCCCCAGAGGAACGAUCAAGGGAGUAUUCCUCCACUCUCCCACCUACAACUUCCAGCUACAACUCAGGAACAUCUCCUACUUCUGUAUCCUCCAUGGAGGAUGACAGUGAUAGCAGUCCCAGUAGGAGACAACGUUUAGAAGAGGCUAAGCAACAGAGGAAAGCCAGACACCGGUCUCAUGGCCCACUCCUGCCCACCAUAGAAGAUUCCUCAGAGGAGGAUGAGCUGAGAGAGGAAGAGGAACUCCUGAGGGAACAAGAAAAAAUGCGAGAAGUGGAGCAGCAAAGAAUCCGAAGUACUGCCAGAAAAACUAAACGAGAUAAAGAAGAGCUGAGGGCACAGAGACGAAGGGAACGGUCCAAAACUCCUCCAAGUAAUCUGUCCCCCAUUGAAGAUGCAUCCCCAACAGAGGAGCUGAGACAAGCUGCUGAAAUGGAGGAACUUCAUCGCUCUUCCUGCUCAGAAUACUCACCUUCAAUUGAUUCUGAGGCUGAAGGGUUUGAAAUGUCAUCUAAGCUCUACAAGUCUGGUAGUGAGUACAAUUUGCCUACAUUCAUGCUACUGUAUUCUCCUACUGAAAAGCCAGAGACUACAUCCUGUUCUACUAUUACAACUACCUCCUCAAGUGGAAAGCCUCUAAAGAGUGCAGAGGAAGUUUAUGAAGAAAUGAUGAAGAAAGCAGAGAUGUUACAGAAGCAACAGAAGCAGCAGCAGCAGUCUGCACAACUGUAUAGCCCUAGUGCCUAUCAAGAAGAUGAUAGAAGAAAUGGACAGAAUUAUGAAGAUGAAUAUGACUAUAUCGACCAAGAUGAUACAAGCUAUGAGAAUGAGGAGACAAGUGAUAUCUAUGAGGAAAUAUGUCAGACUUCACAAAACAUUACGAAGCAGUUGGAUGAUCAAGUGGAAAUGGAUGUGUCUUAUGCAGAUAAACAGCUGCUAGACACAGGAUCAGCUUUUGCUAAACUUCUGGAGCAGAGCAAUGCCCUCCUCACCCCUGGCACAAGCCCUACACAACUCUCAGCCCCGGUAUCAUUUUCAGAAACUGGAACAGGAGGACGAAUACCUGAUGUCAGAGUAACUCAACACUUCUCCAAGGAUGGGCAUAAAGAUCGAGUUAGAAGUCAUGCUGGCAAAAAUGCCAUCAUACCCUCAACUGCUGCCACUACUAUCACUGCAUAUGGAGUAUAUGCCAGGGAUGCUGUCCAUGUCUCACAAACCACUACAAGUCAAACAAUGACUUCACAGCAGUCCACCUUGUAUGGCCGAUAUACAAGCUGCUCUGUCACAACCCCCACCAGUACUUCAAAUGUGUCCAACAAAAUAGCUGAAAUCACUCAGGUUUAUAAUCAACGGGAGGGAAGGAGAGCCUCAGAUAGAGUCCAAAUAAGAGAUAGUGCAACACAGCUAGAGUCAGUAACUGAAUUGCGUUCUCAUAAUAUCCAUGCAUACUACAAAGGGAGUCCACCACUUUCUCCUACUUCACCUCCAACUCAUAUACCAGCCCGAUCUCCUUCCAGGAAAACAGCUGAAUUUUCAACUCAGACUUUCAGUCCCCCAGUGAUAGUACCCUCUGAAGGUUCUGGCCCUACAUCUCCUAUUAUGGUGCAGGCCACUCAGACACCUCAUAGAGCUAUCUCACCACGGCUCUUUAGACAGCAGUCCUCUCAGGAUGCUACUUUUAUGGUAAUAACAAUUGGAUCAGAGCAAACUAGCCCUCCAAAGCCAGUUACAGUUAACACAGCUACCUCUCCUUUAUUUUCCCCAACAAAGUUUAGCCACCCCUCAUCAUUUGAAGCUUAUUCACCACCUGUAAGCCCUCCUGACACACCACCACACCAGCAGUCACCUCUGCAUGGUUUCUACAGAUCCCAUAAAGUUGAGAGAGUUAAUGUUGGUACAAGCAUGAUGACUGCUGCUACCUCUUAUGGUCGUGGAUCACUUUCAAUGGAAAACAUAUCUCUGUGCCGUAUUUCCACAGUCCCUGGCACCUCAAGAGUUGAACAAGGGCAGAAGCUACACAGUGCAAGUGUGGCAGACCUAAGAACUGCUACUAAGUCAUCUCCAAUUAUUAUAACAGAUCAGGGAAUGGACUUAACUUCCUUGGCCACAGAGUCUCGAAAAUAUGCAAGCAGUGCAGAAGGGAGCCCUAUUCGCCAUUCUACAACUAUCCAGCCUCUCAUAAUGAACUUGAAUACCCAGGAACAGGCACAUGUUGUUUCAACAGCAACAACAGUCAGUGUCACUGUUGCUGCCUCAAUGUUCAUAUCUCAACCCAAGCAUCCUUUGGUUUAUGGUGAUCCCUUUCAGAACAGAACAGAUUUAGGCCAGGGCAUGGGAACAGUAGUAUGUCUUGUGCAGAACACACAACCACCAGUUGACCCAUCUAUACCAAAUAUUGAUGCCAAGCUAGAAGAUCUUAGUAUACAACAGCAGCAGUUACUUAAGCAACAGCAGAAGCUACAGCAUCAACAACAUCUUUUAGAGCAGCAACUUCAGCAACAUCAUCAACUUCAACAGCAGCAAGCUUCUUUUGGAAAGUUUAGUCUUUCCAGUCAAUUUCCACUGUUAAAGAAGGAACUAAUUGUCACACAGACAAGCACUGCCCCUGUUGUCAGUGCAAUAUCUCCAGCUCUGGCACCUGAGAUUUAUAACAUUGGCAGUUCUAUGGAGUUGAAGAGUAAAUCACCUGUUCAGCCGCAAGUUAUGAUGGUCCAGAUGGACAGUACUGCACAAGGAAAAUCUCUCACUCAGUUGAUCAAAUCAGAGGAAAGCCAGGAUGCAAGGGAUCUAACUGGGCAAAUCAAGAAAGAGAAUCAGGUUGCUUGCUGUGAUGUAGUUUAUAACUUGCCCUUUGGUGGUAGCUGUGUGGGUGGACCAUUCUCCCAAAAACCAAUGGCAGGUGAGAUGGCAAAUGUUAGUGAGCCAUCAAGGCCCCCUUCUGCACCACCACAGCUCUAUGAACCAAUAGAGUUGAAGCAAGAUAAACAAAUAUAUCAUGAUUUUACCUUGAAAUCAUACACAAUCCCUUUCCCUGGCCGGUUACAACCAUCCUUGUCUGAGACCAACCUUGCAGAAGCAGGGCUCCAGUCCUACUCUUCUAAACCUGAUAUGCAAACCUCUGUAGAAUUAUCAAUGGAUUUAAACUCAGUUAAGCAUAGCUAUGAAGAAGGAUUUCUUGGAAUGGGACUUCAAUAUGGUUCCUACACAGAUCUUCGUCAGGGUGACGUGGUAGCUCCAACUCUCCCUAUACGCAGGUACAGUUCCCUGUCUAACAUAAGUUCAGAUUAUGGAUACUCAUCCUGCGACCUUUCUAGUUUACCAGAGUCUAACCUUGCCCAGUAUAGUGCCACUACUGCUAAAGAGAUAAGUAGAAUGUGUGCAGCCCUCAAUUCAAUAGAUAGGUAUAGCAGCAACCCUGAGCUGUUGCAGUUAGGUCGAGGAGGUGGUCCACAAGGCAGAAUUCAUUUGCAGCAGAGUCUAAGACCCAGCUUUAUAUAUGGUCCAGAUGGGAAGCCCUUUUCCCAAGCUCUUACAAGUCUCAUCAAUGCCAGACAAGCAAGCCUUAAAGCCAUGUAUCCAUCAGCAAUUAGAUCAGCUGAUGGUAUGAUCUAUUCAACUAUCAACACACCUAUUGCAUCCACUGUGCCAAUAACAACUCAGCCAGCUUCUGUACUGCACCCAUUAUUAAGAGGUGUUUAUAGACCAUACCUCACACCAAAUAUGACGCCAGUGCCUCUGGCCAGCCUCAACAGAAUGCCUGUGUCCCCAAGGAUGCCUUUCACAGGACCAACACCUUAUCAUUUUCCAACACCUACUCAUGUUCCUGUUACAACUUCUGCUACUGCAAAUGACCCAGUUGAAAUCACCACAGAGCAAGAUGCACCUAUCUAUCUUGGAAGGUCAUCAGUAACCUCUACAGGUAUUGGGACAUCUGCAGCACUAACCCAGCCUUCUGCUGUACAGAGUAGCCUAACCACAACAAUGCCAACACAAGUGCUUGCUCCAGCCAACACAAGCCAAUCUCAGGAGCAGCCAUUGAACCUUUCUCAGCCCCAUCUUCAAACACAGGGUUCUUCCCAACAUCCAGUGCAGCCUUAUCCUCCCACUCACAGUCAACUUACACAACAAUCAGUUUUAACACUUCAAACAUCUCAUACACAAUCAGCUGCAGACACAGCCUCAACUCUGGGAGCUCUUCCACAGGAAAAGGACAUAGAAGAAGAACGCCUGCAUCACCAACAGGAAAAGUUAUUGCAGUUAGAGAGAGAGAGAAUAGAGCUAGAAAAAUUUAGGCAGCUGCGGCUACAGGAGGAGCUUGAGAGGGAACGUGCAGAAUUGCAGCGGCACCGGGAAAAAGAGCAUAUGCUUGUUCAACGGGAGAUUCAGGAGUUGCAGACCAUAAAACAGCAGGUUUUACAGCAGCAACAAGCUGAGAGAGAAAGCCAACUGGUUAUGCAGAGAGAGCAACUGGCUCAGCAAAAGCAGCAGCUUGACCAGAUACAGUCUCUGCAGCAACAGCUUCAGCAGCAUCUUGAGGAACAAAAGAGACAAAAGUCUGCAGCAACUAGUACCCAACUUAUAUGUGACCAAAGUGGCAGAAUUAUUCAGCCACAAGACCUGCCCCCAGAUAUGCAACAUGGUGAUAUUCAGGUGCCUUCCAGAUCUCUGCCCAACUCUGUAUCAGAGAUAUAUCUGAGGAAUAAUGAGGGGCAAGCAGAUAAUAGGUCUAUGCGGAAACAAAGAUCAAUGCCUCGUCUACAGGAUGGUAUUGAGGGAGAGGUAACAAUGUUUUCCCUUCCCACUAGAAUUGUAGACAGCAGUGUGCAAACAGAUGAUGAGGAUGAAGAAGAAAGAUAUCUAAUGUCCAGAAAAAGAAGGACUAGACGUAGUGUGGAUUGCAGUGUUCAGACAGAUGAUGAUGAAGAUAAGGCAGAAUGGGAACAACCUGUCAGAAGGAGACGUUCUCGGUUCUCCAGGCACUCUGAAUCAGGUGCUGAUCCUAAAACUGAAACUUCAACUCUAACUGCCAAAGUUGCAUCCUCUAGUAUUGCCAUCCAGACCAUUCAGGAUUGCUCUUGCCAAACAGAGAUAGAUCAGCUAGGGAAAAUCUCCCCAGCAAUACAUGUCACUGUGUCAGAUCCCAACAAAGUUGAGAUUGUCCACUACAUAUCUGGUCCAGAGAGAACCCAAAAGGGGCAAAGCUUAGCUUGUCAGACUGACCCUGAGUCCCAAUCUCAAGGUGUGGUAGUUCCACAGAUUAAUGUGGCCACCACCAUUAGCCCAUAUUCCAGCAGUGCACAGCUUGUGGGGUCAGCAGAUCCACUAUGUUCUCGUCAACAGGCUGUUUCAAAGUUUGAGAGACGUAAACCAGAUCCUUUGGACAUUGGUUACCAGCAGCACCAUCUGCACAAUGAGUCACUUUCCAGUGUGAUUCGUCAACCACCCAAAUCCCCCCAGGUGCUGUAUUCUCCUGUAUCUCCUUCAUCACCACAUCGUGUCAUAGAGACAUCCUUCUCAUCUAGCGAGAGGCUGAAUAAAGCCCAUGUUACUCCACAGCAGAAGUCAUAUACAGCUGAGUCACCACAGAGGCACCAGAGUUUACCCCGACCAAUGAAGAAUGUCCAGAGAUCCUUGUCAGAUCCCAAGUCCCUCAGUCCCACAACUGAUGAGCAAACAAAGGCAAGGAUAUCCCUUUACCAACAACAAGCACUUCAAAGUCAGUUGAUGGCACUCCAACAGAGCUCCCUCCUGAGGAAGGUUAAACGAACUCUGCCAAGCCCCCCACCUGAGGAGACUCAGCUGUCAAUGGUCACCCAUGCCCUGCCCCAGAUGUAUGUGCCCUCUCUGCCCUCUCUGAAGAUGGGUUCCCGUCCAGGCUUAGCAGCCAAGGCCAGUCUUCUGAAAGACCUGACUCAUGAACUAAAGGCUGUUGAGCAAGAAUCCACCAAACUACGGAAACAGCAAGCUGAGUUGGAAGAAGAAGAGAAAGAGAUUGAUGCCAAACUCCGAUACCUGGAGAUGGGCAUUACACAGAGAAAGGAGACACUUGUGAAAGAGAGGGAGAGGAGAGAGAUAGCAUACCUGCGCUGUAUGGGCGACACACGAGAUUACAUGUCUGAUUCUGAACUGAACAACCUUCGGCUGGCAGCUGCAGCCACAUCAGAGAGUAAUGGGCUUCUGACCAGACCAAGCACGGCACCACUCAGCCAAUUUACCAGUGAGCUAAGCACUGCUGCACAGUUUCCUCCUACAUCAUCCUUUGUGUCCUACCAGUACCCUCAGAGCCAAUCAACAGCAACCACAAUACAUGACUCCACAUUCCAAAGCACUGGAUUUAACCAGCCUCCGUAUCCUACAGUCUCCCAGGCACAGGCUCUACCCCAACCCACACCUCUACAAACCAUACCCCAUCAUCCUACCCCAUCUUAUCAUGCUCAAGGGACUUUCCCCUCCCAGAGCUUCCCAACAAGCCAACCACCUUAUCCAACAGAGCAUACAAUGCUACCUCCAACUGGAUUCCAGCCACCUUCUCAACCACCUGUGGGUCAAACCCCUUACCCAACCCACACCACACCAUACCCGAGCCAGGCCCCCCCCUACCCGGUCAGUCAGGCAAGUACAUACCAGCCACUGGCAGACAUACUAACUAUCCAUCAGAGGCCACGACAAACCUCACUGGCUGACCUUGAACACAAGAUGGCCACUAAUUAUGAGGUUAUAAGCAAUCCUUCUGCUGUAAUAACAACAACUGUCCAAGAUUCUACAUAUAGCCAAUCUGGUUUGGUUUCAUCUUAUGGUCAGUACAGCACAGCCAUGGCAAGUACCUAUGGGCCAUACUCCACCUCAGGUUCAAGUACUUAUGGUGGAUACUCAACUACCACAGCAAGUUCAUAUGGGCCAUAUACAACAACUUCAGCAAAUAGUUAUGGUCAAUACACUACAACCACACCCAAUACCUAUGGACACACAACAACCACAGGCAGUUCUUAUGCACAGUAUCCUACCACUGUUGCCAACACAUAUGGACAGACAACACUUUCUGAUCAUAUGCACUCAGUGGACAGUCCCUCUACUUAUACUGGUGAUGGCUUAUACAGUUCUUCCAGCCUGGAGCAGAAUGUACCUAGAAAUUAUGUAAUGAUUGAUGACAUAAGUGAGUUAACCAAAGAGGGCAUGGGCACCACCUCAGACCCACACCGCAGUGAGGGCUAUGGGCGCUAUGGGGGUGAUGGACUCCACACACGAGGGGGGAGCUCCUACGGCAGACCAGAGGACGAGCGUGAUACAGAGAUGUACGACCAUCACCAUGGCAGGGGUAAGAGCACUGGCAGCUACCAAGCGCGAGGGCGAGAUACGCAUGGCCGGGUAGUGGGCAGCAGUAGCAUGGGUGGGGGAUCCACAUAUUACUAUGAUGACUACAAGCACUCAACAUCCACAAGACCAGCCCAGAGGCACUCCUCAAAGACCCUGGCCCCAGUUGUCAUGUCUACCAAGAGGAGCAAGCAUCGUAAGCAAGGCUUAGAGCAAAAGAUCUCCAAGUUCUCUCCAAUUGAGGAAGCUCGUGAUGUGGAGGCUGAUCUGGCCUCAUACACCAUGAGCACCUCCACUACAAGUGGUUAUGGCACAGGUUCUCAUUCACGAAAACUCCAAGAUGAAAUCUAUGGGCUGCAACAAACCAUGUAUGACCCCCAUCGGGGCUACUAUGAUGAUGAACAUUUCUAUGGCAAUGGCAGGUCCCGCUCAGCUGGUCAUGGCAUGGAUAAGAUUUCUCGGGACACAGGCUAUCGAAGCAGAUCUUAUGAACGGGACUAUGCAGAUCGGUCAUAUCGAAGCAGCUAUGGCCGAAGUGGGCGUCCCACAUUGCGCUCUCAGUACUCUGAAGAGGAGAGCCCACUUAGUCCUAUUGGGAAGUUCAUGGGCAGUAGGCAGGCCUGCUACGAUCCAUCUUACUCGUAUGGCUCAAGCCACUCUCUUCCUGAUGUACAGGACCAUAUUCGAGACCUGCCACGGACCCAUGUCUACAAACCUGAUGAUAUGUACAUAAUAGACGAUAUGUAUUGCGCUGUGUCUGACAGUGAAGCCUACCAUCUUGGCCAGGAGGAGACUGACUGGUUUGAGAAGCCGCGAGAUGUCCGGGGUUCCCGCCACUAUAGCAGUGGCCAUUCCUCUUCUGGGAGGCGUGGCCAUGUGAAACACACAUACCAUGACUAUGAUGAACCUCCAGAGGAAGACCUUUGGCCACAAGAUGACUAUGGUCACUCCCGCCACACAUCUUCUCGAGAGCACCGUCAUCAUAGUAGUGGAAAUUCUGGUAGACACUCUUCCUCCCGCCACUCUGAUGAGCCCCGUUCUUCUCGAUCAUCUCGUUCUUCAAAGGACCCAUCUAUACGGCAUGACUCUCGUUCUAUGUCCUCUUCUUCAGCAAAGAGAGGAGACUCUCGCUCUCAGGGCUACCACUCCUCUGAUUACUCCCGUGACCCUCCUGGGCACCACCAUGGCUCACGCACUGGGAAACAGUCUUCCCAUCACCAAGGUUCUUCCAGCAGGAAGCAACAAGAUCUCCAAGGCCACCUAUCAUCCUCGAGACAGAUGGGUUCAACUGGCUCAGGGCAAAGGGCUGCAAGUGGACCCUCCAACACAAGUAGGCAGUCUGGGUCCCAGCAGCUAACUGAGGUACAACAGGGCCAGCGAACACAGUUACAACAGCAGGCACAGACACCAGCAGCUAGGCCUGGACAGCAGACACCUGCAGCAGGUGCUGUACAGUCACAGCCAACACAAGUCCAGCAGCUCCAAGCGAAACCUGGCCAGACAAGUCCUGCAACACGGGCACCUGCAGCAGGAGUGCAACCAGCACCUGCUACGGCCAAGCCUGAGCCUGUCACCGCUCCUGUUACUGCAAUUGGAGCAAAAGCAGCCACCCCACAACCUGCCAAAACAGCCCAGCCUCCACUCACAGGGAUAGGCUCCAAGGCAGCUUCAAGAUCUGGUGCAAUAGGUAGUGCUGCAGCUGCUCAGCCUGGUAUGGAAGGAGACAGCAUGUUGUCUAAGAUCCUGCCUGGAAGUGCUGCAGAACAAGCUGGCAAACUGGGAGAAGGUUAGAAGGACCUUUAAAAUACUCUGU